GCCAGGCAGGGGGAUCACAGGACACCCACACUGGCACAGGACAUGCCAGGCAGCGAUGCCCCUUCCCUGGGCCUGAGGAUGGCCAUGGAGCUGAGAGCCCUGAUCCUGCUGCCUCUCUGCUUCCCAGGUCUCCAGGGCCAAAGCCCUGAAGUGCAGAGACGACGGGAAGGGGACGCUCUGUAUUUCGAGUGUCCUUACACAGCACAGACUGAAGGCUGGCAUAUAAAAUACUGGUGCCUCCAGAAAGGUGGAAGAUGCCAAGAAGUGGUGAACACAUAUUAUGGACACGAGAAAAAAUUCAAAGAUGGGAGAAUUAAAAUAGAGGAUAAUGCCACUAGUAAGACUCUGUUCAUCAACAUGACUGACCUCAAGGCAGAGGACUCAGGCACAUAUUUCUGUGCUAUUUACCAACAUUACAAUCAAUAUAUACCACUAAGGGUGGUCACACUGGAUGUUUUCAAGGAGCUGCUCAAGUGGGAGCUGGACACCCUGGCAGUGCAGUGCCCAAACAGCAACAGCGUGGUCUGGUGCCGGAGAGAGCAGACUGACUGCACGGUCCUGGUGGAGGGACAAACAUCUUCAAGACGGAGUGCAAUUCAAUCCCUGCAAGACAGAGCAUCAAUCAAGUAUGCUCAAGAGACUCCCACUGUCACCAUGGAGAAGCUGCAGACCCAGGACUCUGGAGUGUACUGGUGUGUAGUGGGCUCCGAGCACACACAGAUAAUGGAGGUCGUGCUGUCUGUGUUCAAGAGGACCCAGCAGCACACGGCCGAGGAGUCGGGCAACAUCUCUGUGCAGUGUCACUACAAGAUCGCGGCCUACGGGGCAGCCAGCAAAGCCUGGUGCAAAAAGGAAGAGGGGAACACGUGCAAUGUGCUGGUCACCACCAGCUCAGAGCCCCCAGCGGGCCCCAGCACAGCUCGGGAAGGUGUCAGGAUCCAGGAUGACACCCAGCAGGGCACUGUCACCAUCACCAUGGAGCAGCUGCAGGUGCAGGACUCGGGUGUUUACUGGUGCGCGCUCCAGGAGCGCUCCGGUCUGUUCCGCAUGGAGGAGGUCACGCUCAGCGUUUCCAAGGCGCUGACUCCGGGAGGUUUUCCAGACACUGAAGGCAAAAGUCGCAAAAUUCUUUUGGGUGACAGCCCAGAACCCAGCUCCAAUGGGAACACCUUCAUCAUCCUGUCUGUGGUGCUGCUCAUCCUGUUCCUCCUGGCCCUCAUCACCUCCAUAGCCCUGGGUGUCAGGCACUACAAGCUCCUGGGGAGAACAGGUCACAGAGAAGCAGAGGACACCAGUGACAGACCAGAGGGCACAGCACAGCCUGGCAGCGCUGGGAGGAGGGAGAGUUCCCAGGAUGACAGCCAAGGGCCAGCAUACAUCAACCUGGAUGUGCAAUCCCAGCCCAGCCCCCAGGAUCCUCUUUACUGCAAUGUGGAACCAAGUCAGGCUCACAGGAACCCCCAACACGUGGAAUACGCCGUCAUCGCCUUCAACCACUCCCCAAGGAGCGGAAGGGAAUGACACACAGGAUCCCAAACCAGCCAGAAAUGGGAGAAAGGAACUGGAAUACAGAGUGGGAAUGAGGAGCAGGAGGUGUGUGGAUGGACAAGCUGAGUUUUGCUGCCAUGUAUGUGGUGUUGCCUGAGCAUUUUCUGCCCUCCCUCGUGUUUUAGGGCCAAGCAGAGGUUUUGCCACACUUGUGGGUCAGAGAGAGCUGUGGGGGAAUUCCAGGAUCUCUUGUACAUCUGUUUUUCCAAUUCCAUUAAAGUGCAGAGUCUUGCAGGGUCAGGUGUGGAGGCCUGGCCUUGUGAAAAGGAGCAGUCUGGACAUGGCUGGGUGGGGUAUUCCAGCUGUGUCCUGGUACAAACCCUGCCCCAAUCCCAAAAAUUCAGCUACUUUGGCCAAGCAAACUCAUUCCAGCGCUGCAGGGAUCGAACUCGAAUCUCACUGUGGCUGGGUUAAUUUUUCAUGGAAUGGGUUUGGCAUGCGAGUGCUGGAUUCUCAGAAUAAGCGGAACCAAGUCCUGCACUUCCCUAUCUCUGCUGGAAAUGACACAUUUUAUUUAGCAGUCAUGUGAGGAGCAACAUAAAAUGAGUUUAUGGAACUCAGUUCCAUUUCUCCAGGAUCUCUGGCUCCCGAUUUCCCUGUCCCAAGCCCUGCUGCAGGUGACAGACCAAAGGGGCCUGAACCAACUCUCAUUCCCAGGCCAGUCACAUCCAACAGGCUUCUCUUGCCAGGGCUGCAGCAGGGAGGCUGAUGGAAAUUUUUUGAGAUUUUCAGAGUUGACCUGACAGAAAGAAAAAGAAAAUGGUUCUGGAAAUGGUUCAUUCAGCCCAGCAUUCCCCUAACAAUUUGCUCUUCAUGCAGUUGCACUGGGUCAAGCUGUGGAAGAGUAAUAGCAAAAAACAGUGGAGUGGAAGAGACGCAUUUUUGGGCAGAUUCUUGAAGAGAAUCCAGAUUUGUGCUCACUGGAACAAGAAGGAAAAAACCUGCAAUCAGUCACCUGACAGAGAAUUUCUGGUUACUGUGAGAGAUCAUUUUCUUAACCACUAACUCGAGGAAAGGCACAUUCAGGAGUGGCCAGGCCUGCAGGUUUAGCACCACUCCAGUUUAGAAGGCAGAGUCUGUUUGUACUUUCAUGGAAGACCUCCAAGUAAAUAAAUCACCUCAAAAAUGAAAAACCAGCAGCCCACUCCCAUCAGUUUGCUGAUGUUCUGAGGGGUCAGUGGGUGCAUUCCUGAGCCCCUUCUGCACUGUGGCUGGCUCAGAAUCGGUGUCCCCAGCAGAGAUCCUGUGUCCUUUGUGCCAGGUACAGAGCACAAGUGGGUGUUAGGCUUGUUCAGGGCACCCACAACUUCUCCCUGAGCAGU